AUGAUGAGUUUUUCAACAGGAAUUGUAGCUAGUUUUUCCCAAAAUUGCACACAAUUUGCUUUCCAAUCUAAUAUAGCUCAAAAAAAUUCUAUCGACGUUUAUCCAUUAGAUGAAGCUAAUAACUAUAAGAUUAAUAGUUCUUUAGUUAGUCACAUUGAUUAUGAGAAUAAUGAUUUGGAUGUUUCUUCAAUCUUAUUUAGUGGAUGGUGCAGUAAUGGAAUUGAACAAAAUUUAACCAAGAGUAAAAGAAAGAGAGAUGAUCAAAAUGGUGAUAUAAAUAUUCAAUCAAGUGAAAGUUUUUUCGUCAAUACUUUCACUGAUGGAAAGAUUGUUGUCUUCUCAUCAAAUGGUAAAAAUAUUGUUAAUAUUAUUCAAAAUAAAUAUGAAAUUACACAUACCGAUACCGAAGAUUCUUUCAUUUGGAUUUUAGACUCUGAUAAAGCCGUAAAGAAAUUUAAUUUUAAUCAAACUAAACCAGUUAAAACAUUCCACCUAACUGAUGGUAAAGAUGAAGAUAUCACAGGUUUUCAAGUUUUGAAAACUAAUGACAAUGAACCAUUAUUAGCUAUAUCUACUUCAAAUUUCUUCUAUGUCAUUGAUCCAUCAAAGAGAAGACCUACAACUUACUCUAAAUUAGAAGUAGGGAAUGCAGUAUCAAGCUUUCUAUUGCCAGAUAAUACUAAGAUCAUUAUAGCUGAUGAAAACUGUAUCUCGUUAUAUGACUUGGAAUCUACCUCAAAAUUGAAGUCGUGGGAAGUUAAAGCUAAAAGACUGAUUAUAAGUGACACUUUGAUUAUCAGUUUAACUACAGAUGGACUUAUUUCCGUUGUCGAUAUGGAUAAAAAAGAUAUUAUCUGUAAUGUUAAUGCUCCUGAUUCUAAAAUUAUAGAAUUUUCUGUUGUAGGUGCCAAUGUAAUGUUGGCUUGGUUAAAUGUUAAUGAACCAAACUUUGACGUUAUUUCCUUAAAUAAAAUUAAAAGUAAAAAUACCAUAGUCAUAAACACAAAUCAAGAUAUUAAUAAUUCAUUGGUAACCGAGGAAACCAAUACAAACAAAUCAAAAGCAUCAGACAAAGAGUCUGUCCCUCCUGAAAAGACUAAAGUUUCAAAAGCCAAACAAGAUGAAAUGAUACAAGAUUUAUUGGAAAAGUUAGAAAACAAUGCUCCCAAAGAUGAAAUUUUAGCUCAAUUAGUAUCCAGUAACUGGGUUGAAGAUAGAAUUAAAAACUUCAUCGACAAAUAUUUGAUAUCACCAGAAGUAACCUCUCAGUUAUGUGAAGUUAUUGUAUCUACCUUACAGAAAAAUCCUUGGGUUAAUGAAGACAGUCUGCUAAUAUGGUUGGAAUGGAUAAUACUGUGGAGAGGCGCUCAUUUGAACUCUUCAAAGGUCAAACAUGUAUCAAAGCAGAUCAAGCAGUUGAAAUCAUCUUUGAGAAGUUCAGGGGAAACUCUACCAAUGUUACUUUCCAUGCAAGGUAGAUUAGAAAUGUUGAAAACCCAAGCUAUAUUAAGAAAAGAACUGGCGGAACUUAAUAUUGAAGAUGAGUACAAUAAUGAAUUCGAGACUAUUGAACAAGGUGAAGGCCACGAUGCUAUGGUUGAAAAUGAAGAUUCACUGACCUAUGCUAAUGGGGAAAGUGAUGCAUUUUAUGAUGCAUCUGCAUUUUAA